CAUUGCUUCAGUUGAAAAAUAUCAAUCAUCAAGUGAAGAUAUUCACAGCGCUUAAAAAAAAAAGCAAACGUCUGAAACUACUUCAGUUUUUUAGAAAAGUGGUUUACGUGAAAGAAAAAGAAAUAAAAAGCAAAAUGUCGCUAUCUCAACUUAUUUCUUUGAUGAACGAGCUGCAGGAGCCUCGCACUCCCCUCUACGAUUACGGAUUGGGAAUUCAUCCAAUUCAGCUGCAACCUAAAACCACUCGUCAGCUGCUAUUGACUCCCUGGAGUUUCCCAGACUAUCCCGCGUCGACGGUGGGAGAGAUUUUGGCCGGCCGUCGCAGGCGUGACUUGGCCAAGUCCACAAAUGGAUCUGGAGAUGGCUGGCACUGGCCACUCUCGCAAGUGGGCAAGGACGGAUUCCAGGUGUGCAUGGAUGUCACUCAGUUCACUCCCAGCGAGCUGAGCGUCAAAGUAGUGGACAAUUGCGUUGUUGUCGAGGGCAAGCACGAGGAACGCGAAGACGACCAUGGCUACAUCUCACGCCAUUUCGUGCGCCGCUAUGCUCUACCCAAGGGCUACGACGGAGAUAAGGUCGUAUCGUCGCUAUCGUCUGAUGGCGUACUUACUGUGAGUGUACCAAAGCCACAGCCCAUCGAGGACAAGUCCAAGGAGCGUGUGAUUCAAAUUCAGCAAGUGGGUCCGGCUCACCUGAACGUCAAGCGCAACGAGGACGAGUCGAAGGAGAGCGAGAAGGACAAGAAGGAGAAGAAUGCCAGCAAUGGCAAAUAGAAUCUGGAAGCUAGAAGCUAGAACAGCCUCACAACCUGUGUCAUCAUUCCUCAUUCCUCACCAAAAACCUAAUGUAUUUAUUAGAUCAUAUAUGUUAAUGAACAGAAGACUAGUAAUUAUAAUCUAAAAUAACUAAAAAAAAAAACAUUGUUUUUCGGAAUAGUUCCGGAAGGCGAAAAAUAUAAAAACAUUUAAAAUUAAA